AAGGCCGUGAAAAAAGUGCUCUUGGUCAUACUUGAUUUUGUUGGACAGGGCUAUAAUAGAAAAAAUGAAGAUCACUUCCAUUCCUUCCUUUAGCUCAAUCCUAUGCUGAUUAAAUACAUUUAGGCCAACAUUGUUUGCAAUCCCCAAAACAUGUCGAAUUGUGCCUUUCCGGUAUAGAACUCAGCGUCUUCUUUGAUCGAGCCGACCCAUCGAUAUCCUCUGUUGACAUGAGCUUAGAUACCAAAACUGUAGAACUACCAGAGCAGAGUGAAGACGGUUGUACAUUUAGCCUCAACCCGAUCAAGGCUGUCCUGCUCUUGGUAUUCCUGAUUAUCCCGAUAUUACCAACAUUAUGCAAUCCAGAUGCACUAAUAAAUGUAUGCAACUGCAGUAUUUUGUAUGGAGAAGGGAUGAUCGCAGAUUGCAGCACCAAUUCCGGCUUUGACAUCAAGUGCUUGGCUCGGCUGCCCUGUCUCGAAGACUUGAAUCUGUCCGGGAAUAGGCUUGCGGAAGUGCCCAAAGAACUCAAUUCGACGGGAUUCGAUUGCAUUCGCCGCCUGGACCUCUCGCACAACAGUAUUUCCCAUCUGCCCAGCUGGAAGUUCGACUCAAUGCCCCUCCUGCAGAGUCUGAAUUUGAGCCACAACCAGAUCUCCACACUUCCCGAGGACGCGUGCCGCAUACGAUCCGUCGAUCUAAGCUACAACAACCUGACCGAUAUGUCCAACCUGCUCGGCAUUUUCAAAACCAAGGCGAGGAUCGUGGGCAACCCGAUUCGGUGUGCCUGCAAUUCGACCAUCGCCAGGAGAUUCUACGCCAAGCCAACUUUCUCCAACCUGGAGUCCAUCGACUGCACCGGGCCAGGCUCUGACCUGGCCAAGCCUCUGGCCAUGCAGUGCAACCAGGAUUACAACGAAGGACAGUCCUCAUCGAACUGGGAACACCAAAUUUAUCUCUUCAUGUUUCUACUCAUUUUUAUUACGGGCAUCGCUAUGGUUUGCAAGUAUAAGUCUACAAUAAGAGGGUGAUCCAGUAUUUCAAGAUACAGUUUUAUUAGUAUUUAUUUGGAAGUAUUUCCCAAAAUUUGAGCUCUGUUGAUUUUAAAAUUUCUUAUUUUACACAAAAUCUUUAAUAAAUGGAGCUUUCAAAAAACA